AUAUAUCAUAUCAUAAUCUCUAACGAAACCGAUCACCAAACUGGUAAACAUGCAUUUAAGCUGUUCGUAAGCACUGGUCAGUUCGUCCCUUGCCUUAUGUAAAUCGAGUUCCGGUGUUUUCAGUUCCCUAACGCGGAAGGCCUCGAAAGAUAUACUCGGACUUUGACUCGUGUUCUGUCAGUCGAAUAUGGUCUCGUGGCUGUUACAGAUUCUCCGGUUACUUGAUUUUGAGUUCGAAGUUUUUCAACUUAAAUUAUUCUUAGUUCAGUAACGCACAACCAGCGACUGCGUCGGUAGACAAAGGAGCAAUGGGAUACAUCGUGAUGAAGUAAGAGCUCAGCUGGAGUUAGCCAGAGACAUUUGAAGCUAAAAAAUAUGAAGAUAAGAGUGACCUUGAUCUUUUUAAUGUGCACCACCUUUGCUGCGAACGCCGAUAAGUUUCCAGAGAGAAGAGAUUUGGCGAAAAAGUUCGAAACAAAACACCGAGUGUACGAGUAUUCAAGAAGCAUCAGAGCCGUCACCGUAGAUUUCGGUAAUACAGAUGGCGGUGGUCGAAAUGAAGUUACGAAGCAUAUGCGCCUCUCCUACACCCCAGAUGAAGAAGAUCUCUCAGACAGUUUGGUGAAAAAUUCUAUUCACACGGGAUCCGAGAGGUCAUUGCAGGAGCUGACUACUGCGAGGAUGAACUCUAAGCAGCUAUCGAAUAUUCCUGACUUUGGUGACUCGGCCUCGAGCGAGAAAGGGUUGUCUUGCAGUUGUGUCGAGGAGAAGAAAGGACAAGAUGGAGGAUUUCACGAUGCCACUCUUAGUGGCUUACAAAAUGAAAUUUGCUGCACUGAUACCAGUACUAAUGGGUGGGAUGUCACUGCUGGUCUCAACAACAGCUUUGGCUGGGUUCUUCUUCUCACUGUUUGCGGCCGUAUUAGGACUCAAAAACGAUUAAAAAUGCUUUCCAAAGGGGGAUAGCUCUAACGAAAAAAAUAACUGCAUAUUUUCAACCUGGAGCACCUUCGAUUGUGGAGAGGGAACAAUGCAUGAAAUGAUCGAUCGUGCAGCUCAGCAAGGACUAUAUUUUGGCGAUAACCCAAAUAUGCAGGUUUCAUUUACGCUUAUUUCUCGCGAUCUUAUGUUAGUUCGAUGUACUUGAAAUACUAUAGAUAUAUCAAGCGCAAAAUGUCCGGGUAAACCGGUUUUUCCUUGAUCAUCAUCAAGUUGCUCCAAGAUAAGCACUUUAUUGCUGCAAGCAAGUGCAUUAACCUGAGGUAUUAUCUGCGAGGUCGAAUCGUGUGGCGAAAUAACGGGAAAAUAUUCGAAGCGCCCACAGGUGCACAUCAUUGUUCAAGAAUAAAACAAGUUCAAUAUUGUUUUAGAUGAUAAAUAUCAAUAUAAUUUAAUUGGCUUAACAUUGGUACAUUUGUUUUGUCGCGUUUUACAUGCUUCGGUCUGGAUUAGGUUAUGAAUGGAUAUGGCUUUGAUGUAUCCAGUUAUUAUAAAUCUCUUAUUGGCUAAUUAAUUUAUUUUUCUACAAUACACGCUUGUUCUCCGUAUUUUACGAUUAAACGUGCUUGUAGUUUUGAAACGGUUUGUUUCAGGUAGGUGUUUAUUACAGUUAAUUAAGAUCUUACCUAC